AUGACAAACAAGGCCGGGGAGAGCCAAAAAAGAACCCUGUACAGUAUUCUGUAUGUAAGUAAUGACGGUGGCGUCGGGGAAAGUCUGGUAGAUGACGGUGCGUUCGCUCUGCAGCCCAAUCGCAGAUCGGAGCAGGGAUUGUUCAGCUUCAGCGCGUCGGCCGGGCUCGGUUGCCGUCAGCGAAUCCGAUGGCUGAAGCGGCCCAAGACCAACGGUGCCCCACGUCUACUUGACCCUCCAUCAGCUGAGACCGCGUCCUUAGCGGCAGUUGAUACAUCGGAAAGACAUGUUCUGCUGUAA